UACAAUUGCCAAAGAACGUAAAAAAAUGUUGCAUACUGUGUUUCCAAAGUAACAACAACAAAAAAGGGAAAAAAAUCCUGAAGUUAUCGAAAAUUUUGGAAACUAGAUAUUAACAACGAUUCAUCAAUUACCAAUAUGUUACGAGGAUUACAGUAUAUCACUUUUUUAUUUACGUUUCUCGUGUUUAGGAAACUUAAAUGUCAAAUAUGUAAUCUUGGCAUGGAAUACAAAGAAGAAACCAAAUUAUCAUCGGUAUAUCAUUAUGAUGAAACUUACAGUUUUGCAAAACUUACCGCAGACAAAGCCUUGAAUGGAAAGUAUUCCCACCACCCCACUGACUGUUCUGGGUCUAAUGUUACUGGGUUUCGUCCUAAUGCCUGGUGGCGGGUCACUUUUCAGUCUGUUUCCAAAAUUUUCAAAAUCAACCUAAUCUUCAGAGAAUUAUUCCAUCGACAUAAGGGAUAUUACGUCUUCAUCACCAAUCAUACGGUUGAACCCAAUCAGCUGAGCAGCCUAGAUCCUGUGUAUCAUGACAAUGAAGCCACUCCUAGCUUCCAAAACACGAUAAUUUUUCCUGGGGGCUACUACGGACGCCAGAUUUACCUCUUCGUCAACAAUUCUAAUGAUAUUGUUAUUGAACCUUGUGAAGUGGAAAUAUUCGGCUGUGUUACAAAUGAGAAUGUCCCGGGUUGUAACUGUUCAGAUGCCACGAUUGAUAACCAGGAACUGGUUCUGUGGGACAGCAGAAUUGCAUUUGGAAAUGGGACCGUCACCCUACACUGUUACAAGUACUACCUCUCUAUCAUGAACCUGACCAGUCAGACUGAGUCAGAAUUAGAGAGUAUUUUAGAGGCGUGUGACGGAAAACAACAAUGUACCUUUUCAACAAGUCAGAAAUUGAAAUACAACACUAUCAACUUUUAUUGCACUGACCGAUGUGUAAAUGAAGCAUACAACAACACGAUUUUUGUCUCUCAACUCAUGACAGAUUCAGGUAUACGAUAUCAUCGGCCUACUGAGGCCUGCAUUGAUUUCACUGCAUUCCUUAAGUCUCGAGAAUUAAACUGUUCAGAGCGACAUGUACUGACCAACGGAAACCUCACUCUGCAGUGUCAACGAGAGGGCCGGUGGAUUGGGGAAGCCCCAGUGUGCAAUAUUACAUGCCAGGAUCCUAUGCACGAUAACAGUACGACGAAUCGACAUACACAUCCCUCCCCCAAUUAUUUUGUUGAUUAUAGUGUAACUUACACAUGCAGGAAAAAUCAUCGUAUCGUGGAAGGGAAUUUAACGAGAGUUUGUAAUAAGAGUGGUGAUUGGACAGAAGAUAAACCUGUCUGUAAACGUUGUGAAUGUCCAUGUGAGCGGUUAAAGUCUCAGAACUUUAUCACAGACCCUCAAGUACUUCAAAACAGAAUCAAAGAAAUGGAAAAAGAAUUGAAAAUUAACGAAAAAGCUCUCUCUGCUACAGUGAGGAAGAAGACAUGUGCAAAGGACGAAAGGAAAUCAGCAAAAGGAAUUGGUUCCGUCCUUGGGAUCGGGAUAAUCGUUUUUGUUGUGUCCAUAAUUGUUUGUAGUGACAUCCCAAUACUCUAUAGGCACACCCGUUACGGCCCUUGACAUCGACUGCAGGCUGAUUUGUUAUAUUUGUUUGUAAAAGGGUACAUUUGGAGUAAUUCAUCCAUGGUCUAAAGAAAGACUUUAUUAGCGACUUUUAUUACCUUAUAGGAAACAAGAUGAAAUAAGAAAUUUAAUGUUUAUUGACUUUUUGAAUUGAACUUUUGACAUGCUUCUGUUUCCUUGUACAUGUAUAUCUCAAGGUGAAUUGUUUAAGUGAAUUUAUUAAUUUUUCUGUUAAUUCUAUUUGAAUGCCGGCUGCCUUGUCUCUAAAUAGGUCAUCGGUUCUGGAAUUUACACAGUUUCUAAAAUCGAAAAGUAAAAAUAGAGAAUUGGAAGAAAUAUUUGCUUGUCCAACUUACUAAACAGAAUAUCAACACAACAUUUUCCCAGAUGGUCGAGAGAUUUGUGCAUUGCAACUUUUCCAAGAGAGUCACUUUGUAGAUUUGUGUAUCAAACUAUGGCUAGGACUGAUGUAAAGCUCCUAUAACCCACACCUUAAACUGGUUCAUGUUAAAAAGGAAAUUAAAUUUUUCAUCGUCAUAUAAAUAUCGCAUCGUCACUGAAAUCAGAGAUACUAGUUAACCUAAUCUAAAAUGCUUCAGCGGUGAACCAUAUCCAAUGCUUCGGUAAUUUGUCACAUCGUUUCUGUCCUGAUCAUAUUAGUCACUUUUGUAGAUUUGUAAUUCAGUCUUUGGCAAAGACUGAUGCAAACCUUCUACAACUCAGCCCUCAAACUGGUUCAUUUUUUAAAAUUUUUAUCAUUGUCAUAUAAAUAUCGCUUCGUCACUGAAAUCAGAGAUACUAGUUAACCUAAUCUAUAAUUCUUCAGCAGUGAACCUUAUCCAAUGCUUCAGUAAUUU